GAAGCGGGAAAGAAUUUGAAUAACACGGUUCUAUUUGAUUGUCAGCGGACAGUGACAGGAUAAGCAUGGUUGAAGCAACGGCCCAAGCUUACUUAUUAUUCAUCGCCGGAUUCGAGACGACUACGUCUGUUGUGUCCUACUGCCUCCUCGAGAUGGCCCUGAAUCCGGAUAUCCAGGAGAAGCUGCAGCAGGAGAUCGACGAAGUCGCGGAGAGAAACGGCUUCACUCACAACGCUCUCAUGGAGAUGGAAUAUCUGAACAUGAAAGUAUCCGGGAGUGGUGUUCCUGAACCGCUUGUGCGGCAGCGACUGUCCGAUUACGUGAUACCGAAGGGAAUGCCGGUCGUCAUUUCCACCCUGGGUGUGCACUACGACCCGAAACACUUCCCGAACCCCCACAAGUUCGACCCCACUCGCUUCUCCAAGGAGAACUCGGUCGAUCGAUCGCCCUACGUCAACCUGGCAUUCGGCGAAGGCCCGCGAAAUUGCAUCGGAAAGAGGUUCGGAACACUGCAGUCGAAGCUGGCCAUUGCCCGGCUGCUGCACAACUACAAAUUUUACAUCAGUCAGAACACGGUUCUGCCGGUCAAGUUUACGUCGGAGAGCUUUUUCGUGUCUCCGGACCACAAGCUCACUCUGCGAUUCGAGCACAGACGGAAGUGA